UUCAGGACUUAACAAGGAACACACGCAGUUGAGCAGGGGCUGUCCUUUGCCUUUACACUUUACUCAUUUGGUCAGGAAAUUCAAUCAGAGGAUCUGAAAUGGACUUCAUUCUGCCACCCUCUCUCCCUGUUGGUGGCAUCCCAUGGGAGAAGGUUUUACCACCUCUUAUUCCUCGGCUGAAUGGGAGUUAUGGACAAUAUAACUGGUCCCCGAAAUUACUAGUUCCAGAGACUGACAACACCAGCUCUGCAGAGGUGACCUGUGAUGACAGUGGAUUUACAGUCCAGGUUGAUGUUAAGCACUUUAACCCAAAGGACCUUCUGGUCAAAGUUACAGGAGAUUUUGUGGAAGUGCAAGGAAAGCAUGAAGAAAAAAAGAAGGAUGGUCCUGGGUUGACAACACGGCAGUUUAACCGGCGUUACCGAAUCCCAAAGGGAGUGGAUACCAUGGCUUUGGAAUCUGCGGUUUCUCCAGAAGGCAUCCUUAUCAUAUCUGCACCCAUGCUGCAAAUCGAGAACUGACCUCAACAC